CAAGCAUGGCCGCUCCAACCUUAUAAAUACGAAAGUCACUCGACCGAAGCCCGAAGCCGUUUUAAAAGACUCUGCGUGUUAUCGAAACCAGAUGGCUCUCCGGGCGUGUAAGUGGCUUUUCGGGAAGCCGACCUCCGUCUCCAGAGCGUUCGUGGUGUCUGCCGGGCGCGAAGAGGCGUCGUCGUUGCUCGGACGGGGGAUCGCUGCCUGCCGCCAAGGGAGGAAUGGCUUCAGCUUCACCCCUGCCUGCUUUGUUUCAUCGGAUGCGUUUUUCAAUAGACUGAUGAAAGGCAGACCAGAGGAGACGGAUGGCAGUUUUUCUCACCUCCGAACUUCAGUCCCAUCCGACGCUGGUGAACAACUCUCACUCUUAGUGAAACAUCCAGAUCAGCCUGAAAAUCCAAAGGUUUUGAAAGUGGCCAUAGUAGGUGCCCCAAAUGCAGGAAAGUCCACAUUGUCCAACCAGCUCCUUGGUAAAAAGGUGUUUGCUGUGUCCAAAAAAGUUCAUACUACACGGUCACAAACUCUGGGUGUCCUAACAGAGGCUGAUACACAGAUAAUUUUACUGGACACUCCUGGUCUCACCACACCAUCAAAAGUUAAAAGACACCAUCUGGAGAAGUCCUUGCUUGUGGAUCCCUGGAACACAGUCAAAGAAGCUGAUCUAAUGGUUGUCAUGGUGGAUGUGUCAGACAAGUGGACCUGUAACAAGCUUGACUUGGAGGUGCUCAAAUGCCUUGCCCAGCACCCCAACAUCCCAGCAGUUCUGAUCCUCAAUAAGGUGGACCUGCUGAAAAACAAGAGCAAGUUGCUGGAUAUUACGGCAGCGCUUACCUGUGGAGUGGUGAAUGGGCAGAGAAUGCGGGUCAGGCCGGUGAUCAAGCCUCCAUGGGCUGAAAAGAAGCCAGACAGCAAUAUGGGUCCUACAGCUAUACCGUUUGAGAGGGAUGGCACGGUACCCAAUGGCAGUACUGGGAGCUCCUCUGUGCUGAGCAAGGAGCAGCUGAGGGCUCUGAGGGCCCAGAAAGGCUGGCCACGUUUCAAAGAUCUCUUCAUGCUCUCCUCUGUGGAUUCGGAGGAUGUGGGGACGCUGAAGGCGUACUUGAUGCUUGAAGCCAAGCCGGGGACCUGGCUGUACCAUAGUGAGGUUCUGACUGACCAGACUCCUGAGGUUAUCUGUGCCAGUGUAGUCAGAGAGAAGCUUCUGGAGUAUUUACCUCAGGAGGUACCCUACACAGUGUCACAGUCCAUUGAACUCUGGCAAGAUGGUGAAAAUGGGGAGCUGGACAUUGUCAUGAAACUGUAUGUCAAGAAAGACAGUCACAUGAAAAUGGUUAUUGGCAGCGCCGGGCAAAUGGUGGCGAGGAUAGCCCUGGAGGCCAGCGAAGACCUGAGCCGCCUUUUCUUGAGGGAAGUGAGGAUGAAGCUGACGGUCAAACUAAGGAGCUAAGGAGGACGGAGGGAUCGUAACGACGAAGGCCUCGAGAGGUACGGGCGAAACGGACCCGGUCGGGGAGGGCUUUCCUCGUUGGUCGCUGCGAGGGACAGAUACCGGUGGCGGGGAUCUGUGCACCGGUCAUUAUCACGUAUCAGACAGAAAGACCUGACGGUGGCAAAUUCCUCACCAGCCCACCAAAAGAAACUGCUCUCUGUCACAUGUUCACAUGGGAAAAGAGGACUGCAACUUUCGCACUUGUUCAUACGACCCAGUAACUCGGAUGCUGAAGACAACCUGUAAAACGUGCUUGUGAGUGUACUGUAAAACUGCAGUGAUGUCUUGUCGUGUUACCAAAACUCCCAACUCUGGCUCACCGUAUUGCUUCUGUGUAGCUUGACUUCUCAGCUGUGACGCUCGACGGCGUCUUGUGAAGGCCGUAGUCUGUGUUUGAAAUGUAUCGAAAGCAGUGCAGUACCCAACAAAAACGCAACUCGUUCAAUAAAACACACCAAGACCCAAGUGUGAGGCGUUCCCCUUCCUCCCGACUCGGCGGCAGCAUGCGUUUUCUAAAACGACACGAGCUCGUGACAUCUUGAAACUGUCUGUCGCGCAAGCGGGACGGUUCGACACCAGUAGAAGCCCGCGUGCCCGGCCGCGUGCCCGAGGCAGCCUGCGAGGAGGCUGAUGGUUUAUCUUGGGCCCUCAGAGCUUUUGCUCGUCGGGAGCCCGAGUCGGACCGCAGAUAAGUGAGGGAGGAUCUGCACCGUCAUGUUCACUCAGAUGUCCCUGAAGUACCGCAUCGCCCCGUUCCCUCCACUCCCUCCUCGCUUUACUCUCCGUCCGUCGCCUUUGAAGCAUCCCUUCCCUUUUUAUUUCACUCCUCUCUGCCCCCCCCCACCCCCACCCCACCCCGAGGACUGAAUUGUCUCCGUA